AGAACAGCAGCAGCGCCGAGUUUGCAGAGCGUGAUACCUACCAACGAGUGAGCGCUUUGCUUUCACGCGAAUCUGAUACCCAUUUCCUUUCUCUUCUAUACACAUAUACACUGUCAAAUCCGAGAAUAGACCAUCAUGCGUCUUGUCAAGAAUAAAAUCGAGCUCAAUGGCUCCGGGACGGUGACGUUGUGCCCCGAAGAACCAGAGGAUAUGUGGCACGCAUACAAUCUGAUCCGACCGGGCGACCUUCUCCGCGCCAGCGCCAUCCGCCGUGUGACCACCACCCAAGAGACCGGCUCGACAAGCUCGGCACGAGUGCACCUGAACCUCGAGAUCCGGGUGAAAAGCCUCGACUUCGACCCGCAGAGCUCGCAGCUGCACGUCAGCGGGCAGAUUGUGAACGAGACAGCACAUACCAAGGUCGGACAGCACCACACGCUCGACCUCGAACUGAACCGCAAUUUCACACUCGAGAAGGAGAUUGGCUCCGACGGGGAGGGGGUUGGUUGGGACAGCAUCGCCGUGCAAAUGCUCAAGGAUGCGGUGGACGAGGGUGGGAAUCGGCGGGCCGAGGCCGUGGCCGUGGUGAUGCAGGAGGGACUGGCUCACAUCUGCUUCAUCGGGCAGUUUCAGACGAUCCUCAAACAGAAGGUCGAGAUGUCUGUGCCUCGCAAACGGCACGGCGGCGGGGAUCAUGACAAGGGCUUGAACAAAUUCUUCCAAGUCACACUCGAUACCCUCGUGCGGCAGAUGGAAUUCAACACCAGCGCCACGGCGCUCUCGACCAGCAACGAGACCGUGCGACCCGUCCUCCUCGCGUCGCCGGGCUUCGUCGCGGCCGGGUUCCAGAAAUACAUCCAAGGGGUCGCCAGCACCAGCAUGCCGGCGCUCAAACGUCUCCUGCCGAGCAUCGUGGUGGUGCACUCGGCCUCGGGCUACCUCCACUCCCUGGCAGAGGUACUGCAGUCACCCGCGGUGAAGACGAUUCUAGCAGACACCAAGUAUGCGCGCGAGACGAAGCUCAUGGACGACUUCCUGGACCAGCUGCGCAAGGAGACCAACAAGGCGACCUACGGCCCGCGCGAGGUCGAGUCGGCCGUCGACCAAGGGGCGGUGGGCCGCGGCGGCGGCGUGCUGAUCAUCUCCAACCGGCUGUUCCGGUCGCAGGACGUGGCGGAGCGCAAACGCUGGGUCUCGCUGGUAGACCGCGUGCGGGACGUCGAGGGUGGCGAGGUGCGCGUGUUGAGCUCGGAUCAUGAGAGCGGCCGGCGGUUAGACGGGUUGGGCGGCGUUGCGGCCUUGUUGACGUUCCCGAUCGUCGACGAUGCCGGCGAGGACGAGGAUGAGGACGAUAGCCAAUGAUAGACAUUCCUAGAUGCCCCUGGUCCUGCUCCAGAUCCAUGCUGCCGAUCCGUACUUGUAGUGACACCCCGGGAGGUCCACAUCUGUAGCAUACAUCCCCCUUCCCUCCGAAAGACCGACAAAAACAAGUCAACAGCCUCAGGACUCUUUCCAGAACAACAAUAGC